UCAAGCCACCGAUCCUUCCUGUUUCUUUCCUUUUCUGUUUUCUUCCCCCUAAAUCUCUCCCUAUAUAUAUAUAUAUAUCCUUUCGCCUCUACGAUCCAAACCCAAGUUUCAGAAUCUGUUGAAAAACCCUCUCUUGAAUUCUCAACCGAAAUCUCAUUCUCUUUGCGACUUUUUUGUUUGGUAGAAAGAUAACAUGGAGUUUAGGCCCUUGGAGAUUAAUGUAAUCUCAGGCAAGGACCUGAAGGACGUCAAUCUGUUCACCAAGAUGGACGUGUAUGCUGUGGUUUCAAUCAAUGGCGAUCAUCGUACGUCGCAGAAGACUCCUGUCGACAAAGACUGUGGCUCCAACCCCAAGUGGAAUUACACCAUGAGGUUCACCGUGGACGAAGCUAACGCCCGACAGAACCGGCUUAACCUCGUGUUCCGUCUGAAAUCCGAACGUCAGCUUGGAGACAAAGAUAUCGGUGUUGUCCAAGUGCCCAUCAAGGAGCUGCUCGAUCACAACAACGCGGACGAGAAGGUUGAGCAGAAUGUAAGCUACAGCGUCAGGUUGCCUAACGGCAAGGCAAAGGGUGUCCUGGAUUUCUCUUACAAGUUCGGAGAGAAGUUCAGCAAACCUGUUCCGCAACCUCCAGUUCCAGGGGCUGAAGCCAUGUACGUAGACAAACAUGGGGAGAAGCCAGCCAUGGCGUAUCCACCGCCACCGGUUGGUUAUCCAGGACCAAGCUCCGGACACCCUCCUCCUCCUCCGGCAGGAGCAUAUCCACCACCGCCCCAUGGGAUGGCAGGCUACCCCUAUCCUCCACCCGGUGGUGCAUAUCAACCGUACGGAUAUCCCGCUCCAGGUUAUGGAUAUCCAGGAUAUCCUCCUGCAGCUCAGGUUGGAUAUGGUUACCCUCCAGUGCAGAAGCCGCAAAAGCCCAAGAAGAGUGGCAUGGGAGCAGGGUUGGGGUUGGGGUUGGCUGGUGGAUUGUUGGGUGGAAUGUUGAUUGGUGAUAUGGUUGGAGAUGCCUAUGAGGCUGGUAUUGAAGAUGGGCUUGAUUUUGAUUUCUAAACUGCCAUUUUUUAUGUUCUCAUUCACCUCUUUUCUUUCUGUUCUUUAGGUUGUUGAGAAUGUAAAUGGGGAUCAAUCAUGGGUUUGAGUUGAAGUAUAAUCAAUUGCAACUUUUCUGCAAUGUUCUUGAGGGCACUGAUUUUGUUGCUUUUGGAUUUGAUAGAAGAUUGAAUUGAAUUUAUUCUUUCA